AUGGUCCUCUCGGCAAUGCAACUUGGGGCGAGUCUACCUCCAUUGAACACCAAUGGCGUAUUUCAGCAGGCAUACCACGGCCUUGUGGUUUUCUCAGUAGCCAUCGUGGCAGCAGUUGUGUCGCUUGGGGGAAUGGUUUUUCUUUCAAUCCUCUUGCUAAACAUGGUGCGGGCGAUUUCUCAUGAAAAGCGAGCAAGACGACAGCGAGAAAAGACUGCGCAAGAGCAGAAGGAGAUGAAAGAGGUAUUGGGAAGCAUCGUGGUGCCUGUAGGCCAGCUGGAUCAAUGUUGUACCUCUCUUGAGAAUGUGCAGGCACUCAUGUCGUCUUAG